UCUCCUACUCAUUCUCCUUCUCAUUCUCCUUCCUAUUCUCCUUCUCAUUCUCCUUCUUAUUCUCCUUCUCCUUCUCAUUCUCCUUUUCAUUCUCCUUCUCAUUUUCCUUCUCAUUCUCCUUCUCAUUCUCCUUCUCCUUCUCAUUCUCCUUCUCAUUCUCCUUCUCAUUUUCCUUCUUAUUAUCCUUUUCAUUAUUCUCCUUCUCAUUAUCCUUCUCAUUCUCCUUCUCAUUCUCCUUCUCAUUCUCCUUCUCAUUCUCCUUCUCAUUCUCCUUCUCAUUCUCCUUCUCAUUCUCCU